AUGGCUCUGACAUCAUGGAAAGCGUUCAACUUCAUCGACGUCUCCCCGGUUCGGCUACCAGAGGAGAGCUCCGCACACUUCGGUAGUGAUCUCUCAAGUCUUUGCACAGGAUCAGCGAAUCUAUUCCUCGGCACAAACGAUGGCCUCGUCCACAUCGUCUCCUCGUCUUUCCGCGUUCUGCGCUCGUUCAAAGCGCAUGAUACCGGUGCGAUCACACACAUGAAGCAGAUCAAUGGAACCUCGUUACUCGUCACCGUCUCGGAAGACUUAUUGAAUGAGCCGGUUUUGAAAGUCUGGGCACUGGAUACCGAGAAGAAAGAUGGGGGCCCGCGGUGCCUAUCGACCGUUUCGAUCCAGAAUGCCCGACGACAGUUCCCGAUUUCUGCAUUCGCAGCAGUCGAAGAUCUCUCGCAGGUUGCUGUCGGAUUCGCCAACGGCUCGGUAACGAUUAUCCGCGGUGAUCUGAUUCACGAUCGGGGUGCCCGACAACGGAUCGUGUUCGAGUCGGAGGAACCAAUUACUGGUCUGGAAACACAAGAGGGAGCGGUCACAGCCCUGUACAUCUCAACUACAAGCCGGAUCUUGACCCUUGUUAUUGCGGGUAGAGGACAAGGCCAGCCGGCUCGUGUGUUGGAAGAUACAGGAUGUGGAUUGGGAUGCAUGACGCUUGAUCGGGAAUCGGGUGAUAUUCUGAUUGCUCGUGAAGAUGCAGUAUACACCUAUGGUCCUCGUGGUCGUGGACCGAGCUAUGCGUUUGAAAGCCAGAAGACAUCGAUCAAUGGUUUCCGCGAUUACGUAGCACUGGUUUGUCCGCCCAAGGCUGGCUCUGGGAAGUCGGACCCGUUGAAGAAGUAUGGGGUGAAUGCGGCAGAUGGGAUUUUUGGAACGACUACUUUCACGUUAUUGGACACGGAUCUCAAGUUUAUUGCUCACAAUGAGACGUUGUCGUCGCCUAUGAAGCAGAUUUUCAUGGAGUGGGGGGGAUCUAUGUUCCGGUAUCGAGAAAAGAGCCUUCAGCAGAGACUGGAGAUUCUGUACGAGCGCAAUCUGUACAUCUUGGCUAUUAAUCUUGCGCAAAAGAUUGGCAUCGACCCACUCCAGCAGAAUGCCAUAUACCGCAAGUACGGUGACUUCUUGUAUCAACGUGGAGACUAUGAUACUGCUAUGCAGCAGUAUCUACGAGCGAUCGAUAACACUGAACCAUCACAGGUUAUUCGCAAGUAUCUGGAUACCCAACGGAUCCAUAACUUGAUCGAGUAUCUGGAAGAGCUACAUGACCAUGGUCGAGCGACCGUCGACCAUACCACACUGCUCUUAAACUGCUAUGCGAAGUUGAAAGACACCAGCAAACUAGACUCGUUCAUUCAGGCUCCUGGCGAGCUGAAGUUUGAUCUAGAGACUGCCAUUGCAAUGUGCCGCCAGGGUGGAUACUACGAGCAGGCUGCAUACCUUGCGACGAAACAUGGCGAAAAUGACAUGGUAGUUGAUAUCCUGAUCGAAGAUUCUAAAAAGUAUGCAGAGGCGGUAGAGUAUAUCUGGCGCUUGGAGCCUGAAGUUGCCUUUCAAAACCUCAUGAAAUAUGCACGUGUUUUGCUAAAUCAUUGCCCUGAACAAACGACGGAACUCUUUAAGAUUUAUUACACUGGCAAGUAUCGCCCUCGAACGACUGUGGAAGCGCCUGCUGCGCCGCAGGCCCAGCCAGCCAGCACCCUCCAGAGUCUUGCUGGAAUCCUUCCUCUGCGUUACAUGACUGGCGGAUCAGGAUUGCAAGCCCCAGCAUCUGUAGCGGAACCCAUAGUUACUGAAGAGCCAAUUGUUGAGCCAACGCCUGGUUAUGAGGUCCCGAAACCACGCACUGCAUUCUCUGCCUUUGUGGACCAUCCUCGGGAAUUUAUCGAGUUCUUGGAGACACUUACACAGCAGCCUGACUUGAGUAAGGAGGCUAAGGUGGAUCUUUUCACAACCUUGUUCGAGAUGUAUCUGGACACAGCCAAGGGGAAGAAAGAUGCAGCUGAGAAGCAGGAAUGGGAGACCAAGGCCAAGAAAUUGAUCGAGGGCAAGGAUAUUCCGAUUUCUACAUCUAAUGUUCUCCUUCUUUCUGAUCUUUCGAAUUUCCGCGAGGGAUCCACACUCGUGCGAGAACAAGAAGGUCUUCGUCUGGACAUUUUCCGAUCAUUUACCUCCGCCAAAGACACACAGGGAGCCAUUAAAGCGUUAAAGCGAUAUGGUCCUGACGAGCCACAGCUCUACAUCGAUGCAUUGACGUAUUUUGCCUCUAGUCCGCAAAUCCUCGAAGAGGCAGGCGACGAGCUAGACGUUGUAUUGCGCCGCAUUGACGAGGAUGGCUUGCUUUCCCCAUUACAAGUCAUCCAGGCGCUCAGCAAUAAUGCCGUGGUGACUAUGGGCCGAGUGAAAAAAUAUCUCAGCGACAAUAUCGAACGAGAACGCAAGGAUAUCUCCACGAACCGCCGUCUCAUCUCAAGCUACAAAUCAGAAACAACAACAAAGCAACAGGAACUCGAAUCCCUUGCUUCUCAACCCGUCGUCUUCCAAUCUCGCCGCUGUCAAUCUUGCGGUGGUACCCUCGAUCUUCCUACGGUGCAUUUCCUAUGCAAACACUCGUUCCAUGAACGUUGUCUUAACCGCGUCGAUGAUGAUGUACAGUGCCCUGUCUGUGCACCGAGUAAUAACACCCUGCGUGCUAUCCGUCAGCGCCAGGUCGACUCGGCUGAUCAGCAUGAUCUGUUCAAAGCGGAACUUCAGCGCUCGCGGGAUGGGUUUGGUGUUGUGAGUGAGUUCUUUGGUAGGGGUGUGAUGCGGUCUCAGAGUACGAUGGAAGGAUAA